ACUGCUUAGAAAUAAUAUUACCAUGUCCAAGCUGUCCGAAGAAGUGCUGCUUAUUGUCAACCAUGUUCGACAGAAGAAGACCGACGGAACCUUGUACCUCAUGGGAGAAAGGCUUGCAUGGAUGGUACAGAGCAAGAAUACAUUUUCUAUUAGUCACAUGUAUGCAGACAUCAAAGCACAAAAGAUUUCCCCUGACAGCAAAGAUAAGGUUCAGCUUCAGAUAGUGAUGCAUGAUGGGAGUGCUAACACAUUCCACUUCAACUGUUCUGGCGGGCGAUCUGCGCAGAUCCGCGACCGGGACAGUGUGAAGGAGCUGCUUCAACAGCUGCUGCCCAAGUUUAAGAAAAAGAUCAGUAGUGCACUUGAAGAGAAAAAUAGGCUACUACAAGAAAAUCCAGAGCUUUUUCAGCUGUAUAAAGAUUUGGUUGUCAGUGGAGUUAUUUCCCCUGAUGAAUUUUGGUUGUCUCACACUCAUAGGUUUACCAGUGGUAAUAAGUCAACUGAGGGGCAGGUGGUCGGAGUAUCUCCAGCAUUUCUCGCUGACAUAAAACCUCAGACAGAUGGGUGCAAUGGGCUCAAGUAUAACCUCACAGCUGACAUCAUUGAAUCUAUAUUUAAAACAUACCCCAUGGUAAGGAAGAAACAUGCUGAGUAUGUUCCCCAUGAGAUGACAGAAAGUGAAUUCUGGACCCGAUUCUUUCAGUCUCACUAUUUCCACAGAGACAGAACUAUUCUUGGUACCAAAGAUAUUUUUACAGAUUGUGCCAAAAAUGAUGAAAAAGAAAUGAAAGACGAGAUUGAAAAACGAAUUAGUGAUCCUCUUCUGGAUCUGACGAGGUGUGCAGAUAACUCUGUUGAUGAGGGAUACCGUGGAAUCAAUGAGGACAGUAGAAGAAGUAGCAAUACAACUAACCAGUCGAUAAUUCGCAGAUUCAACCACCACUCUACAAUGGUCUUGAGAGCGUGUGAAGCUAAGUCAAAACCUGCAGCAGAUAGUAGUAAGAGUGAAGAAUCAAAUGGGGUUACUGUAUUGAGCAACGGGCAGCACUCAUUACCCAAUGGAGUUGUGGCGUCCACAAGUAAAAAUGAUAUUAAAGAACCUCCACAGAAAAAGGCAAGAAUAAAAGAGAAACUGGAACUUGAGGAUUUGUGUACCCUGAAAAACGAGAAGGUUGUCAACCUCCGUCUGGGCAGGAUAGAGCGAUACCUACAUGGGCCCACCCCGGCAACCAUUUCCAAGUACACGACCAGCGAGAAAGUCAUAGAGGCUAAUCAGUUGGUGGCUGAAGAAAUACACAAAUGGGUUCCAGACCUCUCUCAGGUAUUGUUAUGCGGGAACGCCAUUGGUGUUUUGGGAGAGCUCUCACCUGGGGGAGCUCUUAUGCAGGGCACAACUAAUCAACAGUUACACCAAAUGGUGCCUCAGGCCGUCCAGGAUGAGGUUCGGCAGCAGUACAACGCGCUGUGCGAACUGCUCAGACACUUCUGGUCAUGUUUUCCCGUCGCGUCCAAAUUUUUAGAAGAAAAGGUAGUUAAGAUGAGAUCAACAUUAGAAAAAUUUCAACUUGCAAAAUUAAAUCCGUUGAAAGAUAAGCUGGGUCAAAAUCACUAUCACAUAAAUCUGACAGGACACAUGGAAGACAUGCUAAUUGCUGCCUACAAUAAAUUUGAUGCCUGGAAAGCCAAGAAGAUGACGAAAAGAUGAAACGUGUUAGAAAACCACACUCUAGGUAACUUACAAACAAGACCAGCAACUCUGUGGAGUCGAUGCUACUUCAGCCCACCGUCGUGUGGUGUUCGUUGUACCAGCACAUACUGCCUGCGUGUAUCUGGUGGAACCAGAGUCAGACAGUGAGUGAGUGAGAGAGUGAGAGAGUGAGUGUGAGAGAGAGAGAGAGAGAGAGAGCGGGGGAGGGGGGAGGUAGGUUAAUACAUUUGUUUGGUAUGAUUUAUACGACAUAUAUUAAAUGGCUUUCCUUGCUCACCUCAGCUUAUUUAUUAUUAGCAGUUCCUGUAGAACACUGCUAUCUGACAUUCACAAAAUCAUCUCAUCAAGUAUUAGGUUUAUAACCUCAGGUCUCAUCCCCAAGAUUGACUAGCGGCCAUUUUCAUAUGUUGGGAUAGGUAUAGAAAAAAGUACGAAGUUCAUAUAGCUGGUUCCAUGCUAUGUCCCGUACUUUAGCAUUUAUGAAUAAUUUGUCUGCUCAUCCAACAGUAUUUGUUUCAUUUGUAUUUUACCUUCUAGAUACUGUAGGCGCGAUAUCUCACCAGAGUGUCACGCAAGUCCACACUCUGUACACUGUAUACAGUGCAUUUUGCAAUUCAUAUAUCCCGCAGUUUUGCACACAGCACUGACUGGAAAUAAUAAUAGAAUGACAUGGAAUAGCUCAAUGGAGACUAUGGUGGAUUUAAUUUUUUAUUUUUCGCAUGACAACAAUGGUGGAAUGUCGUAGUCAUUUGAGGAAUCAAUUACUGAUUUUGACAGCUAAUUUGAUAAUAAAUUUUAUUGUUUUAUGAAAUUCACAAAAUACUGGAAUUCAGUAUGAAUCGUAGUUGUUUCCAAACAAAGUUGUGGUCAGCAAAACAGUGAUUGGGAAUAAUGGCCGUAAAAAACGGACAGCUAACGCCAAUUGCUCGUUAAUAUGUGCAACUUUAUCAAGUGUUUGUACAAUUUUAAACCAAAUGCAACUUUAUCAAGUGUUUGUACAAUUUUAAACCAAAUGCAACUUUAUCAAGUGUUUGUAUAAUUUAAAACCAAAUGAACUGAUCUAUAAUAUAAAUAUGAGAAAAACCACGAAAAUAGUACUUACCUUUUCACAUAUGAAACAUUUUUUUAAUGUAUUUAUACAAAUUUUAAGUUAAAAUUUAUGAGUAAAAGUUAUAAACUUGUACUUGCUCAACGUAGUUUUUGUCAAAAAUUAAUCCAGUAGUCUAAAGGUUGAUUUGACAAUGGAAUUAGAAGAAUAUGCUAAAAUUGUAAAACAUGUUUGUACUGAUCUUUUGUUUUGGUGGCUGUGACUUGAGACCCAUUUUCAUGCAAGCAUUUUGAUAAGUGUUUUCAGUAGGUUCCCACAGUAAAUUGAUAUGAUUAAUUAGUGUUUUUGUUAUCGAAGUGAACAUAGCUUGUAAUAAUGAAGUACUCCAUUAUUUCUACCAGAAAUAACACUGUAGGUUCUGGGUACAUGAUUCUAAAGCCAUGUGAAUCUGUGCAGUAGGUUUGAAUCCUGCCAGUUAACACUGUUUUAAUAUUAUACAGAAAAUAAAAUAAAAUGUAGGUUUGUCGUCACCUGUUUUUCACUCUCGUCUGCCCAGAUUUAAUAGAAUACUGUUUGGAAUGUUCAUUGUGUGAUCGUGGCUGAAAAUACUACAAUGGUGACACAAAGGAUUUUUUAUUGAUGCUCACACCAAAACAAUCACUAAACAGUUGACUUGGAAAAGGUACUGUGCUAUUUGAAGUGUUGAUAAAGUUGUACGUGGAAAUCAAUACAUGGAAAAUGUGCCUAAAUGUUUUACUUGCCUUCAGAAAUAUCCAACAUGUUGAAGCUACUACCCACCUGUCAAAAGAAAAAGAAAAUCACCUCUUCAGUAUGGCAUCAGGGUUUGCACUGGUUUUAAUAAUGUGUCAAACAUACAACUUAUGUUACUUUAUGCAACAAGUUUUUUUUAAAUCUUUGACCUUUCCCCCCUAUAUAUGCAGAAGGAAAGCAUUAUCUGAUAAUGUAAUAUUAUAAAUGUUUAUUUAACACUGGUAACCUUUGUAACUGCUGGUUGCUGGAUUAGCAAUUUAUAUCACGUGCCUGCAGGACAUUUUGCAUGUCCAUUGUUAGGAGGGAUGUUUUGUUUUUUAAUCACAACACAAGUUGUAAUUUUGAUAAACUCAGGAUUUUCUCUGGCUGUAGAAAAUCUAGCACUGAUUUUUGCUUAACAGUAAGAAAAUAGAAAUAGCCACCUUUUGAUAAAUUCUUAGUCAGCUGCACAGGUUUGGCUAUUUCUGUGUCUAGAUGGGCAGUGUUUUAAUAUGGGUAAUUUUAACAGUUAAAUCUGUGUUGCAUCCACAUGAUGUAUUAAGAUAUCAAAGGUUAGUGUUUCUGGUCUUUGUCAUCAGUGUAUUUUAAUUUGCCGGAUGACAUAUUGGCGGUCCUCUUAUUUCCGAAAUAGAGGGAAAUCAUAGUGUGAAAAACAGUUUGCAUUUAUUGGCUGUAGUUUGGCUGUAGUUUUGAUUUUUUUUCAAGGUUUUAAUGUACGAUCAGAAGCGGAUAUAAAAACAAACAAACCACAUCUGUGGCAGAGACGAGACACAAUUCUUUAAUCUCAGAUAUCCAUCUACACAGGAAUGUAAAAGUGGCACUGAAGUUAACUCAGGUAAAACCUGAUACGAUUGCAGAGUUAAAAAUAACUUGUUAUACAAUGUUUUCUCUACAAUUAUUUCUGCAUUUUUCAUCGUGUAGAUGCUUAACUCGGGUUAAAAAAAUUUGUUUAGAUAUGUUUUAUGUGUCAAUAAUGUGGAAUUUUUGUAAAAGAUCAUAAAAUGGCUUUAAAAAUAAUUACUGUAAAAAUAAUUACUGUAAUUGUAAGUUGCCUUCAUGAAAAUUAUGCUAGAGGUGUUUGUGCUGAUGAUUUUGUACUAGAUAUUUGAGGUCAAACUAAGAGAUUGGCUUGUACAAGGAGUCGGCUAAUACACGGCAAUAUACGGUACAUUAAAAUGUAAUGCUUGGACCAUUGUGCAAGUUAGAAUGUUUCUUUUAUCACUGGGACAUCCAUUUCUGAUAGAGUUGCUCAUGCAGAAUCUUAAUUUAAACAUUAGUUAUCACACCAUUGAUUCAGUUACAUUUCGCAUAAAACGUAGACUCAUUUCAACUUCCAGUGUUAAAAUAAAAAGUUGAGAAUGUUUCAUUUCAUAGUUGCCUCCCUCUAAAAACAUCACUGCUUUUUCAGACCUCGAUAUUUAAGGGGAGCUAUCACUCCGGCUCCACAUCACUCCCCCGAGACUUGUUCAAAGAGAAUCAUUUUUAGCUCCCCUUAAUAAAAACUACUUCGACAAUUCACAGUUUGCACAUACUUUUUUUUUUCAGUUGAUACCCUGAUGAAUGUAAAAGAAAUAACAGACAAUCCUUAAAAAUUAUAUAUAUAUAUAUAUAUAUACAUAUAUACACACACAUAUUACUGGUACAGUCUGCAGCAUCAAAUAGACUAAAACCACAGUGGUAAAAUGUAUGAGUCACAUUACUUAACGGUUUUACUUUCUGCUGUUUGUCAAGAUAUGGUUUGAUGGAUGUGAGACAAAAAACUGUCACUAAAUUAUAUAAGAUGAAAUAUUGAAAUCCUUUUUGAAAGAAAGUACACUUUAAUACAGCCAUUGAUCACAUGUUGUUAUGAUGUGACACAGUUUCUGUGAUAUAUCCAGUGAAGAAUAAAGUCAUCCUUUCCUCAUUCACCUUCUGGCCCGCUUUCCAUUAAUGUGUUUCCAUGCAUGAGUUUAUCAAGACAGGGCAUAUACACAGUACCUUUUCCACUUACACAAUUCCAUGUGCCUGCAUUAGACAUGUUGAAGAAAGUUAUCAAUGACGGAUGAGUGGCUUUUCAGUGCAGUAACGUCAUAACAUGAAGUAGGGCAUCCACGAGUCCAAAAAAUUGGGCUCUAGUACUCGAGGGUCAAACUCGACCCGGACCCGAGUACCCGACACUUACACUAGAUGAUAAUGAGACUAAGGAAUAAAGUUAAAUAGCAUUAUGCAUCUCAAUUCCAGCGCUGAACAUGGGUGCCUAAUCAUGCCAUAGUAUUUUAUUCCACACAUUCAACUUUGGUUUUACGUCAUGUCUCAUAACCCUAUAAUGUAACAGGCAGCACGCAUAUGGCAAAAUGACGUAAAAAGUAUAAUUAAAUGAGAGUGCUCUUCCUUGCACGGGUAUUCGAGUCCUGUAAACGGACUCGAGUCUUGGUAGACUCGGCCCAUACCCGAGUACUCGAGUACUCAUGGAGACCCUAACAUGAAGUAUUUACUAACGGCUUAAAAGUAGACUUCGACAACAUCGAAUUUUGUAUACUAACAAUAUGGGAAAGCACAUUUACACGCAUGGAAAUGCUCACAAUAAAUGCAUGCGAAAAUCAUGUUAAUGGAAACUGGGCCUUACGGUCAAAUGUUCCAUUAAUUGGUUUUCUUAUGGUAGUCUUGUAUUUUGGAUAUAUAAUUAAAUGUGAGUGGGAUGUCUCUUUAUUAAUUAUAAUAAUGUGAUAUAUUAAAGAAUUAUUUAUACUAAUUUUUGGUAGACUUAUUUGGCUAUUAGCAAGGAUUUAUGUUUUGGGGUAAACGUAAACAGGACAGUUUCUUAAGUUAAGGCUAAUGUAUUGAUGCAUCAGAUAGAAAUUGGGAUGUCUUUACAUUUUAAAUACAUGUACCAGUAUGUUUAAAACUAUUUUAACUUUGUAUGUGGAUAAUAAAUAAAAUACUACACUUCUUUUAGCUUAAUACCAUUUUUAUGAACUUGUGCAUUAAAACUGUAUCUAACUUAUAUUUGCUUUGAUCUGUUCAGAUACAUGUUAAGUAUGUUCAUUUAUAAAAAUGAUCCUAAGUUUCAAGUGGUGUUGUAUUCUAUUUGUAUUGGUAUGUAUCUAAAUGUGUUUUAGUGUGCAGAAAGUGAUAUUUGUGAACAAAGGAAGUUAUGUCUGUGACCGGAUGGAUACCUAAUUGUGGCUAUAUAUUUGUAUAUAUUUAUUUGUUUUUCAUGCAUUUGUGCCAUAUGUUAACAAAAUAUAUCAGGUAUGUUUAUCACAUCAUUAAUUUGUAUAGAUAAGGGUAACUUUAAAAGUCUACAUAAUUGGCAUUAUAAAAAUGUAUUGUGAAACACAAAUGUUGAAAACUGGUAUUACAUAAUGUUUGUAGAAUUGUUUCCCCUUGACAACCAUGCUGAUAACAUGUUUCUGUAAUCAGAAAUUAGUCUAGAAGAGCUUUUAAAACCUACUUAAUUUCUCAGUGUCUUAUCAUUUAAACAGGAAUAUUGAAUGUGGUUGUGAACAAUGACCUUUAAAUAUUGGUGAAAUUGUUUCUGUGAAGACUGAUAUUUUAAUGUUUCUAUUAGUACAUGAUACAUUGAAAGUGGUCUAAACCAGACCCUAAAUAACUCUGAAUCCUGUCAAAACCGGCUCAGUUUCAGAAUUCCAGAUUUUGUAAAUGAUAAAAUGUGACCCUCUAAACACAGGAUCCUGUCUAAAUGGGAUAAAUAUUAGGUUCUGUACAUGUUCUGGUUUAGACAGGUUUCACUGUAUUAAACAAGCUUCCAUUUCAUAUUACGUUUUAUUACACAUACAGUCAUUGGUUCAUAUCAGAAUGAUGUAUCCCACUGGUAUGUGGUAUAUCCCACCGUAGCUGGCAGGGCUACAGAAAGUAUCAGUUUACUCGCCAUGUGUGAGUGAUAAUUCUGAUGAACAAGUUAAAAUAUACCCACAAGUCUGACACUGCAACAAGCAACCUUAUCUUCAAAAGCCAAUAUAGCAUUUGUUUUAAGGUUGCUUAUUUUUUCUGUAUACAAUAGUACUCGUUUCACCCAUUUGUAAUUAGUAUGAAUAUACAGAGAAUAAAAGUGCAAUCAAAAUGAGAUUUUAACCUGCUUGCUUUUAUUGAAUGAUCAUGUGUAUUUUGUAUUAUAGCAGUAUUAUAUUGUCCUCUAGGCUGAUAGAAUGGUGGGGUUGUUGUUGUUGGUGGGGGGGGGGGGGGGGGUAUGGUCCUGGUUUGGUGGAUUAGUGCAAUGUUUUUCAUUUCUCCGCCCCUUGCUGGUUUUCAACAUGCAUUGUCACUGUCAAUUCAUUACAUUACAAGCAAUUCUCUGGACCACUUUAUUUCAAGUAUUUCAUUUGCGAUGUGAUAUGAAAUGGGAGCUGACGUAAUAAGCUGUAAGUACAUGUAUUAGUAAACAUUAAAUAUGCAAACUUCAGUCAUAAUUUCUAAAUUACAUUUUGUAUGUACAUGUUUAAUUAUAAAGAUCAUGAAAUUUGCACUACCAUUUCUAUGUUUCUUUAUACCAGUACACAUUUUACUAUACACAUUUUAUACACAUUUAGUAAAAAAAAGUUUUGAAAUUGUUCAUGGGGUGGCGAGGAUGUCAUCCACAAGAUGUAAUCUAGUCACUGUGAAUAGUCCGUACUACCGUAGUUAGUUUAAAUAGCGUGAGGCUGAGUGAGUAUGUUGUAACUGUGCGUCUAAAGCUGGUAAGUGUGGAAAUGCUUUUGACAGUGUGAAGCAGGUGGAAACCAUGUUGUUAACUUGACGUGUGCUAAUGAUGUGUAUUACUGAAUACAUUACAAUUACCACUGAUCUGUGAUAUUUUAUACAUACCAAGCAAUUUUCAAAGUGCUGUUUUGUAUUAUUUUUCAUGUGAAGUUGGAGGGAAUAUUAAAAAAUGAUUGUCAAA